AUGGCACCAACAAUCGGGGUAAAUCUUCGUGUCACAGGACACUGCAAUCAAGGUAGCAGGAGGCAUAUGGAGGAUAUGUUUUCAGUAGCUUAUCAACAAACGGAGGACGAGUUAGACUUAGAAUAUGCUUAUUUUGGGAUUUUCGAUGGACACGGUGGACACGAAGCAGCUACUUUUGCCAAAGAGCAUUUAAUGAAAGCAAUUGUAUCACAACCAGGGUUUUGGUCCGAUAAUGAUACGGACGUUUUACGCGCCAUAAAAGAUGGAUUCAUUGCAACUCACUAUGCUAUGUGGAGAAACUUGGAAAAUUGGCCUAAAACUCAGUCUGGCUGGCCUAGUACAAGUGGUACAACUGCUAGUAUUGCAUUUAUUCGACGUUCUAAUGUUUACAUUGGUCAUGUCGGGGACUCAUGCAUAGUCUUAGGCUAUCAAGAUCCUUGUUCAGAUCAUUGGAGGGGAGCUGCUUUAACACAAGAUCACAAACCGGAAAACCCCACAGAAUUUAAAAGAAUAAGUCAAGCUGGAGGUAUGGUUGUACAAAAAUCUGGAGUUCCCCGAGUUGUUUGGCAUCGACCUCGGUUAUCGCAUAAAGGUCCAUUAACCAGGUCAACACAUAUUGAUCAAAUUCCAUUUUUAGCCGUAGCAAGAUCAUUGGGUGAUUUAUGGUCUUACAAUGCUGAUUCAGAUCGAUUUGUAGUUUCACCAGAACCAGAUGUUUCAGUUCAUCACAUUGAUUUAACACGUGACAGAUGUUUAAUUUUUGGUACAGAUGGACUUUGGAACAUGCUGACUCCUGAUGAAGCUGUUAGCAUUGUUAAAAAAGCUGAAUUUAAUAAUAAAAGUAGCGGAAUUGAUGGCCAGGAGCAAGUUUGGUUAAACCCAUCCAAAUGCUUAGUUGAUAAUGCAUUAAAUAAAUGGAUUAAAUUUGAACUUAGAGCGGAUAAUACGAGUGCUGUGACCUUAUUGUUAGAUCCCUUGGGACCACCACAUUCUCAAGUAUUAAAUCAGCAAAAUGCUGUCUCAAAUAUACAGUCUGAAUUUGUGCCUUACCAUAUUGAAAGUUAUAAGGUUGAUGAUAAUAAAUCAUCCAAUAAAUUACAUUCUUCUGGUAGUGGUUUAGCUAUUUGUACAUGGUAUCCACAUAAAAAUUUAACGGAAAAUUUAAAAAACGACGAUGCUACUACAUUAUCUGCUAUGGAAGAAUUAUUUGGUAAAAAAUUAGAAACAUUUGAUGGCAAAAAAACUGAUUCUUGUGAUAGUGAAUGUAAAACUGAAGAAUCAGUUGUUAAUACGAAUAAUAGAACAAAGCCUGAAGUUUUAGUACCAUCAACAUCAAAAAAUAGUUUAUCAAAAGAUUUAUCCGAAAGCAAAAAAGUAUCAUCUUUGUUUUCCAUCGUUUUGAAAAAUCCAAAUCGUCCUGCAGAUAAUAAUAAUACUGAUAAAUCAACUGGUAGUAAUAAAGUUGUUGAAAAAGCCUUAAAAACGUGCGAAGACAAUAAAGAAAUUAAAAACAAUAAUGAUGCACCCAUUGCUAAAGAUGAGAAUGGUAAUCAGGAGGUAGAUGAAAAUGUGAAUAAAAUGAAAUUGCGUGGCGGUAGUUUGAUUAAUAAAGUUUCGGAUCUCAAAAUUAAUAAUGAAAGUACUUUGCCAAAAAACUACCAAAAGAAUUCUUCUUUUCAAAGGAAAAGUUUAAAGCGGUGUAGUAAAAGAGGUAAAAAGCGGAAAAAUUACGACGUCAUAGAGUCGGAAUUAAAUUUGUUGAGCGACGGUAAAGGUUCGAAAUCUAAAAGUAAGAGGAGACACAGUUCUCUUUUGGAAAGUAUAAACUUAAUGUAUGAGCCGAAGCCUAAAAGGAGGACGCGGUCGGAGGAUCAAAAAAGAGCUUUUGACAAUGAAGAUUACAAAAGUGAUACGGAGAAUAAAUUAGAUGAAGGAAAUAAUAAAUCACGAAAAGUGGCGGGUAAAUAUAAAAUAAUUUUGUCGGGAUGUGCUAAAGGCGGAGCUUCUGAAGAAACUUUAAAACAAAAUCAUCAUCAUCAUCAUCAUCAUCUUCAAGAAAGACUGCAAUUAAAUAAUAGAAAUGGUGAUAGUUCUAAUAAUAAUAAUAAUAGUAAUAAUAAUAAUAAAAAUAAUUCCGUAAAUAAUACUAGUAGCAGUGGAGGUGCUGUCAAUAAUAAUAAUGGUGGGAAUAACAAUAAUAACGUUAAAGACUUUACACCGAUGAGAUUAAGAUCUAAUAUGCCCGUCAAAACGUUAAGGUCUCGCAAUAUUAAUUUGGAAAUCUGUGAUUGGUUUUUUCUCGGAUUAACUAAAUGUAACGUUAAUUCAAGUAAAAAAUCCGUAGCCAAGCAACAAAGUUGUAAAACUGAAGAAUCAUGUGAUAAUACAAAAAAUUUACCUAAGCUAAACAUAUUAACAAGAAGUUCUAUAAAUUCAACAAAAAUUAAUAUAAAUCCCUCAACGUACAGAUCAUCAAUUCAUACGAGAAGCCAAAAUAAACGAUUAAAAAAAUAA